UAAGGUAGUGCGAAGUGGGUUUAGGGAGAUUCGACAGGAGGUUGAAGAUCCAUUGAUUAUGGCGAGGGGACUGUAAAAAUAUCAUUUGAAGAAGAGAGAGAAAGAGAAGAGAGAGAGGGAAAAAAAGAAAAGAAAAAAACGAAAACAUGGGGCUGUGGAAAAAGGGAGAGAGAAAAAGAACACGUUGGUGAGGAGAUGAGACAUGCUGCAAGCAACGGGGGGGAAGUGAAUAGGCCGGUAUUCAAGCGGAAAUCACGAACCUUUUCAUGAUGUGAGUUUUUAAGGAAGAUGCCAAUUUCUACAUUGUGUUGAGGACGGAGGACGAAGGGGGAAGGGGGAGAGAGGAGAGAGGAGAGAGAGGUGUCAGCGUGCGAGUGAGAGAGAUACUGAAAGAUGCCCCAUGCAUCCUCUCUCUUCUCCCUCUCCCUCUCUCUCUAGCAUUGAAGCGCACAUGACCGGAGCGCAAGCAUUAGAGUAGACCCUUUCGAAAGAGAAACUAGAAACAGAGCCACUGCCCCUGCUGCUGCUGCUGCUGCUUCUUGUUCUUGUUCUUGUUCUCAGAUUGGAAACAGAGUCAAGCGCAGUACGAUCAGAGGACGCGAGAACAGAGGAAUUCCCGUGAACCCACCUUGAAUUUCGAUCCAUUUUUUCGUGAUCUCCCUGUCUUUCCUCGAUCAACCACCUCAAUUUCGGUACACACCAAGAGAGUCUUGACAAAGGAGUGAUCUUUCUUUCUUUCCUUCUUUCUUUCUUUCUUUCUUCUCGGGCUGCAUAAUACAAAUGAUGGGGUUUUGCCGAGAAGCAUGAGUAAUGGAGGGUCGUGGUGGACCAACCUUAUGAAUGUUUUGGGUGGCAACAACGGUCACUGUCAAUCAAUGAUUUGUACGUGAACUGGUGGUGCUCGUGCGAGCUCUCUCAUCACUUCCCAGCGUUCCCACUCGAACAUUUCUGAGCUUCUUUUCUGGUGCUUGAGCUCCAGGGAGGUAGACCAGAUCUCAGUCAUAUGAGGAGUCACUUUAUUUUGGUGGAUGUGCUUGUGCUACUUGCAUUACUUGGUCCUACUCAAUGGGGAGCCAUGGGGAGUUCACAUUGCAAACGGCAUAAUGAUGAAAGGAUUCGACCUCACAGCGUCACAAUCACCGAGUUUGGAGCAGUUGGAGAUGGGGUCACUCUCAACACAAAAGCGUUUCAGAAUGCCAUCUUCUAUCUUAAUUCGUUUGCGGACAAAGGAGGGGCCAAGCUUUUUGUCCCUGCUGGCAGGUGGUUGACAGGAAGCUUCGACCUCAUCAGCCAUCUCACCCUGUGGCUGGACAAGGGUGCAGUAAUUCUUGGAUCCACGAACACGGAGGAUUGGCCCAUUGUUGAUCCUUUACCAUCAUAUGGCCGAGGUAGGGAGUUGCCUGGCAGAAGGCAUCGGAGUCUCAUUUUUGGACGCAAUUUAACGGAUGUGGUUAUUACAGGCGAAAAUGGAACUAUUGAUGGUCAGGGCAGCAUGUGGUGGGAACGGUUCAGAAACAAAACCCUGGACUACACUCGGCCACAUCUAGUCGAGUUGAUGAACUCCACUGGGGUCGUCAUCUCGAACCUCACCUUCUUAAAUUCGCCAUUCUGGACCAUCCAUCCGGUAUAUUGCAGCCACGUUAUCGUUCAGAAUGUCACCAUCCGUGCUCCUCUUGAUUCACCGAACACAGAUGGAAUUGAUCCUGACUCCAGUGAUGAUGUAUGCAUAGAAGACUGUUACAUAAGCACGGGUGAUGAUGUGAUUGCUAUCAAAAGCGGUUGGGAUGAGUACGGCACAUCAUAUGGCCGUCCUAGUAAAAACAUCAUCAUUCGCCGGCUCAUUGGUGAGACUCAUAGCUCAGGGAUCGCAAUUGGAAGUGAGAUGUCUGGAGGAGUAUCAGAUGUCCAUGCAGAGGACAUCGUGUUCUUCAACUCCACCACUGGCAUUAGAAUAAAAACAUCUCCAGGAAGAGGCGGUUAUGUGAGGAACAUCUUCAUAUCUAAUGUUUCAUUGGCUAAUGUAAAAGUAGCCAUAAGAUUUACCGGUCGCUAUGGGGAGCACCCAGAUGAAUCUUACGACCCCAAGGCACUGCCCAAAAUAGAAAGGAUCACUUUUAAGGACAUCCACGGUGAGAAUAUAACGGUUGCAGGGCUUAUGGAGGGUAUUGAGGGUGAUAAUUUCAUCAAUAUCUGCCUAUACAACAUCACACUCAGCGUAAACUCGAUUUCUCCAUGGAACUGCUCGAAUGUUCAAGGUUUCUCCAGUUUAGUUUUCCCUCAGACUUGCGAGCUUCUUGAAGAAAGUAUAUUCCCAGAUCAUUGCACCGAGUGUUACCAUCUAUUGCAGGAGCAUAGAAUACGAAACAAAGGUGCUCGAUUGCUGUCUUGGUGGACUUACCUCGGAACAUAGCAUGUUUCUUGGAGGCCAAAACACCUUCUUCAUUGGAUGUCGAAUAUUUGUUGAAGAUUUUUGAAUUUUUGCCAGCUCUCGGAGCGACCGGCCAUUGCCUUUUCCCUGUGACAAUAAAAAAAGAAAAACAAGAAAAAAAAAGUGUCCACAACAUCAAAAUCGGAAUUGGGUUGCUGACGGUUGUUGAACUGUGAGGUGGUAGUGAGAGAUGAUUGUUGUCCUUUGGUGUGCAGUCACAAAUAAUUUUUUUGUGUAAAAUAACAUAUUAAAGAUAGAUUGGUUUGUAAUCUUUGUAAAUUUUCUCUUACUGUAGCUAAUUUAUCCCCCUCUC